UCCGGUUGAGUCGGGUUAAUUUGUUUUGCAGCUUGUGUUGCCUCCAGCUCCUGCCUGUAACGCCCCGCGGUGUCUCUGGCUCUAACCUCAUCGUUUACUCUCCAGUGUGUGACUUGGUGACUGCAGGUCGGUCUCAGCUGGUCUCCUUUAACCUCGGCGGGAGCCGGACUGCAGUGGGUUAGCCUAUUUGAAGAAGCUAACGUUAGCGUUAGCCGCAGGGAUGGCGGAGGUUCCCGGGACAUCCAGUGAGACGAUAACGGAGACUGUUCAGACGAACACGCCGCCGCCGCCACAGCAGGAGGGACGAAGCUUGACAAUCAAGUUGAGGAAGAGGAAGACUGAGAAGAAGGUGGAGUGGUCGAGCGACACAGUUGAUAACGAGCACCUGGGAAGAAGAUCAUCUAAGUGUUGCUGUAUUUAUGAAAAGCCCCGGCAGUUCGGAGAAUCUUCCUCUGAAAGCGAGGGAGACGACGAUGACGAAGGCUGCGGCAGUGCCAACUGCAUCCUGGGUCAUAGCAGGAAAGGACAUGGACAGAGGCCUGAUGGCGGGAGCACAGCACCCCCCAACUCUGGAGGGACGCACCGCCAUUAAUGUGCAACUCAGUGUAUUCGGGUGGGGGGGGUUAAACAUUAAAAACGGCCCUGCUGUUUUAGUUUAGUUUCCCCAGCGAGCCUCAGACAGACCUGAGGUCAGAAAGUUCCAGCUGCUGGAGCGCAUCAUGAUGGAAGUUUACCAAUUUAAAUCUGUUGUUUUCAGAAGCAGCUUAGUUUGAAAUGAAAAACUUGUUUUAAAACAAAUAAUUAAGACGAUAGAUGGUCAGGGCUCUAUGCUGUCACCCUGGAGCUCCAGGCUUUAUAUGGCUGCUACACUUUCAUGCAUGAUUAUUCCGGCACACUUUCAAGUUUUCAUUUUUUAUUACUUAAUUCUUAAUUUUCCCAAUUUGAUUAUGAAUUUCCCGCAAAUUUGACAAUUGUAUGGUUAUAAAUUGAGAUAAAGAGGAAUGACUUGAUUUCCAGCUUAUCUACAUUUAAAUGCGAUGCUAGAAAUCUCAGAAGCUAUUUUUAGGCUCUGGUAGACUGAUUAUAAUCUUCUUAAAACGCAGCUUUUUUUUAUUGUCUUAAGAUGUUUAAAAGUUCUUCUGCAGAUGUAAAAGCUCUCCGCUCUUCUCCAGCAGCUCUUUGGACUUUCUGACUGUAAGCUGUCGUUGAAGCAAAGCAUGAUGGGAGAUAGGCGCUGCAUUUUACACUGAUGCUUUGUGAUCAGCUUCAUGUUGGUCGUUCACAUUAGAACAUGAAGAUUUACUUUGCAAUUCCACCAGAAUGACUCGAGGCGUGCAGAGACCUUUAAUAUUGUGAUCAGUAUUUAAAAACGGCGGAUUCUCUGGGGACUGCCGGACACAAAACCACAUUUAACUUCAUUAAAAUUCUCACGGAAGUGUUUAUUUUCUCUUUAGGUUUUAGGAAGUGUUUCAUAUUCACCUGCAAAGAUUCAAAUAGUUCUUUUAUAUCCACUUUCAAAAUGAAUUUACCAAGAGAAAACUGACUUGGUUCUCCCGCCUAAGAUCAAAUCUCUGCAGAGAAUUUCAGUUCCCCGCUUUUCCACAUGGCGCUGAUCUUCUGUGUUAAAGUCGUCGAUCCGAUUUUGUUUUCUGAUGACCAGGUUUCCUGGGACUGUUGUCAUAGCAACUGGACCAUGAAAACCUCUGAAAAGGUGUGCAUUUUCCCUAAAGAUUAAAGACCAGGUUUUCUUGUGGCAUCAAGCUACUGAUUCAUAGAAGUUGAUCCCAAACUGCAACAGAAAAGCUUUGAGAAUCAAAAGAAAAAGUUUUUAAAGAGGCGAACUGCUUGAUUCAGACCAGAACACUGACCGUCCCUUUACUGCUGACAAUCUGUUUCAGUUUUACGGUAAAACGAUGCUGGAGAAAAUGGAUUCUAAUUCUUUUUAUAUGCUAAAAUAAACGUCUGUGAUGCUAAAAUGAUGAAAGCUAGCGUUAGCCGAGUUUAACCUACUGCCAUAUAACUUCAGCCAAAUGCACACAGCAGGUUUAACUUGCCUGUUUAGCUUUGUGUUUGUGAAAUCAGCGAUGUUAACCGGUCCCAAAUACCCAGUGAGCCGAUGGCGGCAUUAAUCUGCUGUCAUUUUAUAACCAUGAUUCACCUCAGAAUGAUUUCAAUCCUGAACCAUCACUCAUUUCCUGUUUGAUAAAAGUUUAAAUUAAUCUAAGAUCGACGUGAGUCCUGCUGGGUUUAAAACAAUUAGCUGAAUAUUUUUCCGGAUUUUCAAAGACAGGAUGAUUGGCAAAAAAAAUGCUUAUGUUUCAUCGUUUUAGGAC